AUGGAUGAGGACUUUGUUCCUAACUUCAUCUAUAGAUCACAGAAUGGUGAGCUAGCAAAUGAAAGAAGCAUACUAUCACAUUACAACGGUCAUAUGGUGAUAUCACGCAACAAUUAUUUGGAAGUAUGGGAUGUGCAGAGCAAGGAGGUAGUGAUACGCAUAGGAUCCGAUAAAAAAGAAACAAUCUCGUCGUUCUGUGUUGUUGAUGAAAUGUUUGUGCUGGGUUAUGAAAAUGGAACGAUAAGAGCGUUUAACAGCGACAAUGUAAAGGUGUUU